CGUGCAUAUCUUUUGCUCCGGGUCUCUGUCUCUCUCUCUUGCAUUCUCGUCACCUAACACGAUUAAACACCAACCGCGGAUCUCUUUUGCGGCAAAGAGAGAGAGAGAGAGAGGCAGACGGACCAGAGGAAAGAAAGUACCGAUGGCGGUGGUGGCGAAGAUUGCGCCGUCGAUGCUGUCGUCGGACUUCGCGAAUUUGGCGUCGGAGGCCGAGCGGAUGCUGCGUUUCGGAGCCGAUUGGCUUCACAUGGACAUCAUGGAUGGGCACUUUGUCCCCAACCUGACAAUAGGAGCUCCAGUCAUCGAGAGUUUACGAAAACACACCAAGGCAUACUUAGACUGUCAUCUUAUGGUUACAAAUCCAUUGGAUUAUGUAGAGCCAUUAGCAAAAGCUGGCGCUUCAGGCUUUACAUUUCAUGUUGAAGUGGCUAAAGACUAUUGGCAAGAUCUCGUCCACCAAAUAAAGGUGAAGGGCAUGCGGCCCGGUGUAGCUUUGAAGCCAGGAACUCCUGUCGAAGAAGUUUAUCCAUUGGUGGAAGGAGAAAAUCCUGUAGAGAUGGUCCUUGUCAUGACAGUGGAACCUGGCUUUGGUGGUCAGAAAUUCAUGCCUGAAACGAUGGAUAAGGUACGUGCAUUGAGAAAGAAAUACCCUUCCCUCGACAUAGAGGUGGAUGGUGGCUUGGGUCCUUCAACCAUUGAUAUGGCGGCUUCGGCAGGAGCAAACUGCAUCGUAGCAGGGAGUUCAGUAUUCGGAGCAAAAGAGCCAGCAAAUGUCAUAUCUAUUCUAAGGAAGAGUGUACGAGAUGCUCAACAGAGCAGCUGAGAAACUUUGACCCCUCCAGUUAUGCUUCUAUUUCAGAUAUGAUGGAUCAGUCAUAAUCAGUUAAAAAACGAAAAUAAGAGUCCAUUGGGUAUGCCUUUGAUGUGAAUCUGAGUAUUUAGUUGGAUUGUUAAAAAAGAAACAACAAUUUUUCGAUGUAAUUUUGGUUUCUGCAGUACCAGUAAAGUCUUUUUCAGUGUGGGUAAUGAUCCA